AUGGUCCACUCUGGAUCCCUUCCCGCAGGUUCGGGGUUCGCCAGUCUGGAAAGGGAUGAUUUCUCCCAGUUUGGGAUAAAUGCUUCAACAAGUACCUUUGAGCAGAUUGUUUUGGAAGGGAUUGAUGACGUGGGAGCGACGGCUAGGAUGUUUGUAGCUGCUCUUGAUGGCAGUCGCUUGGAACACUGCCGGAGCGGCAUCCUGGGACGAGCCCUGGACUUGAAGGCAGCUUACAAACAGCUGGCGCGUCACCCGGACCAUGCAUGGUGCUCAAUCAUUGCAGCUGCAAAUCCCGACGAUGGCGAAGUGUGUUUCUUUGAGGCCGUAGCACUUCCCUUUGGAGCCGUGAGUUCAGUACUGGGUUUCAAUCGAGUGGCCAGGUGUCUUAGCCAGAUACUGGUCAGACUGUUUCGGAUCGUGAACACCAAUUUCUUUGACGACUACUGCCAGUUGGAGGUCUCCCAACUGGCCGCAUCUGCGCAUGAGACAGCCGAGACUGUCUUGCAAAUGUUGGGUUGGAACAUCUCCAUGGGGGAGGACAAGAGGAAACCUUUUCGCAGUGAGUUCGACAUGCUGGGUGCAACUGUAGUUUUGGACGCAACUGGACAAGGGUUGAUUGUUCUGAGAAACAAGCCAGGAAGGAUUGAAGAGAUCCGACGCUGUGUUUCAGAGCUGGUCGACAGAAGGCGUGUGCUGGCCAAGGAGUUGGACUCGCUAAGAGGUAGGCUCCUCUUUGCCAGCGGUUUCACCAUGGGCCGGACUUCACAGCUAGCAGUGCAACAGAUCAGCGCAAGAGUCAGGGGCAGGGCCCAAAUGGAACUGGAUGAGGACCUUGUGGAAACAUUGAAACUUGCGGUGGACACGCUGGCCAAUGCUCGCGACCGUCAAAUAUGGGCAAGUGACUACAGACCACCAGUGGUAAUUUUCACUGACGGAGCUUGCGAAGACGAAGCAGCUACUGUCACUUUCGGAGCAGUUUGUUUUGACCCUUUGGAUUGCAAUGUCGAAUUUUUCGGCGACCACAUUGACCAUGAACUGGUCAGCAGUUGGACUGUACAAGGAAAAAGGCAAGUCAUAUGUCAAGCAGAGAUGUGGCCUGUCAUUGUGGCCAAGUGCACGUGGUCUGCGAAGCUGAAGGAACGCAAGCUGCUGUGGUUCAUUGACAAUGAGAGUGCAAGGUAUGCGUUUGUCCGCGCUUUCUCCCCGGUCGUCGACAACGGCAGGCUGUUGAGAGCAAAUGCGCAGGUUGACUCUGAGAUCUGUGCAACAUCGUGGUAUGCCAGGGUCCCUUCUGCCUCGAACCCUGCUGACGAUGCGUCUCGUUUGAACUUCGAAGGAUAUCCAUCGCAUUUCAUCAGAGUCAGGCCAAUAGUGACUGAGGCCUGCAAGAGAUUGGCACUUGGCUUGGGCUUGUAG